AUGGGGCUUCUCAGUAUAAUUCGGAAAAUCAAGCGCAAAGAGAAGGAAAUGCGGAUUCUCAUGGUUGGCCUGGAUAACUCCGGCAAGACGACGAUAGUCAUGAAAAUUAAUGGUGAAGAUACCAGCAUUAUUAGUCCUACUCUAGGUUUCAACAUCAAGACCAUUUCUUACCAAAAAUAUACUUUGAACAUUUGGGAUGUGGGGGGACAGAAAACAAUAAGAUCUUAUUGGAGGAACUAUUUUGAGCAGACGGAUGGAUUGGUUUGGGUUGUUGAUAGUUCGGAUCUUAGAAGGCUAGAUGACUGCAAAUAUGAGUUGCAUAAUCUUUUGAAAGAAGAGCGGUUAUCAGGAGCAUCAUUACUGAUACUUGCAAAUAAGCAGGAUAUAGAAGGUUCUCUUUCUCCAGACGAAAUAGCUAAAGUUCUCGACUUGGAAGCAAUGGAUAAUAGCCGGCACUGGCGGAUUGUGGGAUGCAGUGCUUAUACUGGAGAGGGUUUACUUGAAGGAUUUGAUUGGUUGGUUCAAGAUAUCGCCUCUCGUAUCUAUAUGCUUGAUUAGUCCAAUGGUGUGAAUUACAGUCUUGAAUGUGGAUAUAAGAUUUUUUUUUCGGGUAACUUGGAUUUUUUUUGCACUUGAAUAGGUCUUACUUUGUGUUUUAGAGGAGUUUCAUAUGAUCUUUUCCUGUCUUUCAUCAUUUUUUACGAGCUAAUGUAUAUGUUGGUGUUUGUUGAUGCUUUGGGCGGCCGAAAGUUCCCAGGCAUGAUUUUUGAAUUGAUCGAAAAUGUUGAAUGGAGCAGAGACGAGGAAGACCUUGCAGUUUGGUAAUGUCAUUUUGUUAUGCUACCUAUUGUUCUUGACGUUGUACUCAUAAGUCAUUCUCUGCGAAAUCAACUUGGCUACGCGGAUUGUAUCAGCAUUUUGCAUUCAGUUGAUAUUAGCAGUUUAUGAUAUUAACUGUGGAGUUCGCUUUGUGUUACAUGUUCUGAAUUGG